GUGUGUGUGUGUGUUGUAGUAGUAGUAGUGGGCUGUAGUGGAUGCGGUUGUUAUGCCCACACUUCUCAGCCGAUCCGUGCCGAGCUGUCACGCCUCGCUGCUGCGCGGUUCCUGCCUCCCGGUGCCGCGGUGCGUUCUCGCCACGUUUUGAGUCGGAGCCGCUCGGCGUCUCGGGCUCCGUCGUCCCCCGGUGUUCCGUCUUCUUCUGCUCGCCGAGCCAGAACCCUCCCGAAGCGGCUUCGCCGGCUCAUUCGUGUCGGCUUCGCAGCGCGCCGCUCCUGCCGCCCGCGCGGGGACACUUGUAGGAAGUGGACACGAGACCCGUGAACGCGCCAUUCAAAGUAUCCACACUUUUUGGGUUUCCUGCACUUUUUCUUUUUUUCCUGCCUUUCUUCUUUUCUUUUUUUUUACCGGGAGGAACGGAGGAGGAGCAGCAGCGGCGGGAACCAUGAGCGGACGCGGGGACGAAGCCGCGGAGACCUCCGGCUCCCAGGAGCCCACCACGGGGGCCGCGGAGCCCCAGAAGAGGAGGCCGGGGAGACCGCGGAAGCCCCAAAAAGAGCCCAGCGGAGAGCCUGUCCCCAAGCGACCUAGGGGCCGUCCCAAAGGAAGUAAGAACAAGGGCCCGUCGAAGGCGGUGCAGAAGAAAGCCGAGGCGACCGGGCAGAAAAGACCCAGAGGGCGACCCAGGAAAUGGCCGCAACAAGUGGUCCAGAAGAAGCGUGCUCAGGAAGAAGAAGAAGAAGAAGAGGAGGAAGAGGAAGAAGAGCAGGAUGCAGAGUCCCCAGAGGAGGACUAAGCUACCACACCGUGAAAUCUCUACCUCAUUCAGCUGUCAGGUCUUUGAAAGGAAAAAGACUGUCGUGACCACUUAUUUUUGACUAUUUUACUCGGUUUAAUUUCAGUUAGAGAAUUUUUGUUUUGCUCUGUCAGGGCAAACAUGUCCAUCAAAAAGUGUGGCCUUUAAAUUCCCUUACAUUCAGUUUCACAUCGACUGCACAGAGUCAACCUUUUGGUUACCGUGCUUCCGUUAGCUCCGAUUGGUUGAACACAUUCGAACAAGCACGACGUUUAGCUCCAGACAUUGUGGCUGUCGAAACAAACAAAUGAGGCAGCAGACACAACGUGGCUCCUGUGCAACACAGCUGCACUGCUCCAUGAGACACAACGAGGUAAGGAAAGAGACUGGGACAGUAGAACAACUGUUCUAAUAUAUCUAAAAACACCCCUCAACCCGGACUGUUAGGUCACCAAAGGGAGACACAGAGGUCUUUACUCAGGGCAGUGGCUCAUCCAUUGUGUUGGCGAGAAGCCAUUUCAAACGGACUUGUUUACGUGGUCAGCAUUACCUCAGAGUCCCCAAACAUCAUCUCUACAUCGAAAUAAAACAAGCCCAUCUUCUUGUAUCUUCUCUCUAGCGAUACGCAGGGAAGAAGCAGCACCCCAUGCAAAGUUUGAAGUGGCAUAUGGACCUCAUGUACCUCCUGGCCAACACCAGUUGAGCCAGAACAAGGGGCAGUCCGCUGGAUUCAUGGCAAUUAGAAAUGAGAACAAUCCUUAACCUUUUCUGGUAAAUUCCACCAGUUUACAGACGUUUCAAUAUUAACGUCAGACGCUCUGCUGGAAAGAUGGUUGUUAAAUUUCAAUGAAAAUACCAUUUAAUGACCUAAUAAUCUCUAGAACUUCAAUGGAGCCAUAUGGAGUCUCUUGUUUUUGGCCGUUUGAAAACACAAAGUAGCUUCAAAUGAUAUAUUCAUUGUAGGUUCUUCAUCGGAACCUGCUCCAGGCGAACAGAUCCUUCUUAAUCGAAUAUUCUCUUCCCCUUCACUUUUUAUUCGGGCAGAACAUUUGCUUUGAAACCUCGAGGCGAUCGAGAUAGAAAGCCAUUCUCUAGACUGGUCUCGUCCUGCGGUGCCUCCAGAAUGCUCCUAAAGACUUGAUCCAGGAUGGUACCGGUGAUAGACCACCAGAGCCCUGUCGUUGGUGGACUGCCUCUUCCACUGCUCUAGAAAAAACGAUGGAAGCCCUUCACCACCCAACGGCUCGACGUCGCAUCAAACUACGAUCUGCCGUUUGCUCACCUUUACAUUAACACACUUGUGUACAUUUUUUUCUCCAUAGCUUUAAAACCUCGACUCCAUUAUUGACGACACACAGUCAAAGACAAUAAAACCUCAAGAACAAAAAAAACACACGAUCAAACCACACAUUACCUCAUGAAUCACUUGAUACCUGGAAUGGUGGCAUCGGAUGACUCAAAGCUCCACCGUCAGGAGACCUGGUGGUAUGCCAGCGCUUUCUGGUCACUGAUAUGCAUCCUCUCAUGAUUUCAAACUACCUCUGACUCAACCAGCGAACAGAAGCUGUUGCUCAGCGCACACACACCAAGGCUACGGUCGUGUGCGUUCAGAUGUCGAACCUUAUACUGUACAUUGAAGCGAGGUCAAAUGCCGGUCGGUCGCUGUCGUCUCGUCAUGGAGAACGGCACUUUGUCUGCAACUGUUUUGUUUGAUUCAGUCGGGUGAACACUGCGUAAUCCAGAAAGAAGCUAAAAUCAGAGAUGACAGAGCCACGUGCAUCGACUUUAAAGGAAAACUCUCUGUGACCAUCCGUCCUGUUGGUUAUGACGAGUCGUACGAGUGCAAAGACAAUGUUUGACCUUAACUAGGCUGUGACCUUCAGAUUUUACCACAUUGUCAGAACAACAUUUUAAAAGGGAUAACAAAAACCUUAUUACACCCAAAGUGUUGUUUAGAUUUGUGUUGUUAAACCACACAUUCCAGAUUCUGGAUUUAGCUCUACACGUAGAAUUUUUUUUUUUUUUUUGACAUAUCGCAUUUAAAUAUCUGUAUGUAAAUGGCAAAAAGAAAAGAAAACAUCCUCAAUUGCAUCAAAACAAUGAGUUGAUGCGCUAUGUGGAUUAUGAAAAACGAUGUUUGUACAUAAAUUCUGACGUACAUGGCUGAUACAAGCCGACCAAUGAACACGAAUCUCUGAAGACCUCUGUCGCCCUCGAGUUCUUCUGCUCUGUCUCCGGGCGGUUUACGCUUCAGCCACGUUUAUUUUUGCUCAAAUCAAUUGAUAGAAAUGCGCCUAAUUCAGAUAAUAUUUUUCUUUUUUGACAUUUAAGUUAGUUUCAAAUUUGCUUGACAUCUGACUUUUGGGUAAAGGUUGAGUGAUACAGUCGGAAUCCGUUCCUGAACUAAUUUCCCCUUGAGGAUUAAUAAAAGUGUAUAUUAUUAAGACGCCUCCCUGAUAGCGUAGCGAUUACUUAUCCACCCUGCAGAUGCCAGAACAUCUGUCUGUACUUUCUAUAUCCAGACGGUUCAGCUGGGUCCAGAACGUGUUCACUGGACUCCAGCCUCGUUUGUGAAGAGUUGCCAGAUAUUACCAAUCCUAACCUUCAGGCGCGAUGGUCAAAACUUUAGGAAUAAGACAGGUAAAAAACAUAAUCCUGAUGUUUUCCUGUAAUUGGAGACGACUCUAAAGCCGACAGUCCAACAUGUGCAGUUUCUAAAUCCAUUUGUCCAGAACUAGUCCGUCAUUUUUGUUUCUUAGUUUCAGUUUCAGCUUUGGUUGUUUCUAUAAAUCUCGUUGGAUAAGUGAAGUCUUUAGAGGUCGUCUCCAUCAUCACGUGGCGCUUACUCUCCUGACUUUAUCUUUUUUUAUUUUUAUUCCUGGUGGUCUGUUUUUAAUACUUAAAACACAAAAGCAGCUGACAUAUUACGUACUAUUUUCUCUUAUUUAACUUAAUGUUAAUUUGUAUCUCAACAUUGUAAUGAAACCUAUUUAGCGUCAUCUGCAAACUGGGACUUAACGGUAACUUGAAUUAAUUUAGUUCUGAUUGACACGAUGGUUUAGUGAGGAUCAAGUGUCUCGAUGGCACUACAUGAUAUAACUGCAACAUGUUUUUUUGUUUUUUUUGGGGCUUUGAAUAGUUAGAGUUGUUUUUCCUGAGUUAUGUACGACCUAUAUAUGUACAGUACCAUAAACAGACCGUUACAAAUGGACUAAUCAAUUGACAAAUACCUACCUCCAGUCUCCUCACAUUGAUGUAUGAUAUGACCUAUAUCAGGACUGCAGAAGCUCCGUAUUUAAUGUAUCAGAUCAAGCUUCCAAUCUCAGUGCAUUUGGAUUCUCACAUUCAAAGUGACUUUCAGGUUUUUGAAAAAGAUAUGUCUGGAUUUUUGUAUAUUGUAUUCAUGAACAUGUUUUCUUGUUUUUAAUUAGUAGAUAUCGAUAUACUUGAUUAGCUGUUUUGUGUACUUGACACAUGUGAUUUUCUUUUCUUGUGAUAUGGUUAAACCAGAUGUAUAUGGCAUUUAUUUUUUACUUAGUGAUGGAUUCGACCAUUUUUUCACCUGUCACCAUCGCAACCUUUGAAGAGUUGACGUGGUAUUUUAAACUUGGGCCUGAGGUCGAGCCUCAGAGGAGCGACGCUGAUCCUGUCAAACCUGCCGUCGUUAGCGACACCAGCUACGUAGCACACGUGCUAAACUCUCAUCGACCAACAAUAUGCACAGCGUUGCUUUGAACCACCUUCAAACGGCACAGCAAACUCUCCCCUGGAUGUAUUCCAAAUGUGGCCCCUGUCUUGGCUUCUCUGUGUUUAUUUGACACAAAGAGCCAGUCUGAUGCUAGCUAGCGAAUGUUAGCUUUAGCUGUUAGCUCGCUAGCAACAUCCAACCAGAACCUCCCUUUUGACAAAGCACGUGUAUCUGCUGCCAGUCUUUGUCCGAGGCUUAAACCAGACUAAAAACUCAGGUUAGUCGUGUACUUCAGCCUCUGGUGGCUGGAAUGAAUAUUACAACAACAAACACCUGUUUUUAGAGAUGGAAGAAAAAGGGAUAAUAAAUCUCGGUGAAACAUUUCCCACCUGUUCCUCAGUCAUAAACACAGGAGAGCAAAUUAUUUAGAUCGUACUUUAAAUAUGCAUCACCGUUUCUUUCUCACUUCCCUCUCGGGGCUUUCGAACCUCAUUGGACGAACAGAGAUGACACAUCGCUAAUCUUACAACAACCAUAAACAUGCAUUUUAAGUGUUGUCAAAAGCCCCAAGUAUGAUUUGAAAAACGACAUCAGUAAUUACAAGUUACUAAACUAUUUAUAUUGCGAUGCUGUUGCUAAUAAUCCAACCAAUCCAAACUGAGAGAAUCACAACCUCCAGCUCCGUGAACCGUGUGCAGCUGUGAAUGACGGCUGAUCGGUGGCUUUGAAUGAAUGGCUUUGAAACAGACAGGCGUCAUUAUUUAACACGGCCCUCCAUCAGCCAGAGGGACCCUAUGUAGACCUGCUAUCCACCCGGGAUCUGCAUCUAUCGGGAAGAAGAGACCAGGUCAAAGUCGGGGGUCAAAGUGACGCCCCAGAGCUCGUCAAACUCCAGGCUUUGAGCUUCUUUUUUAAAAGUUAGCGAUUUCCUGUUCUGUAGAAUCCACCUGCUGAUGUCCUCUGGAGGCGAUGCUCACCGUGGUGUGCAGAGAGGUUGUCGGAGCUGAUGACCAGCGCUCAGCUCUGGGAGCCGUAUGAAGUUUCUCUUCAUGAUAUCAUGUUCUAGUACAAUCGAAUACAAAUUGCUACCUCCAGAAAGCCCGACUUUUACCUCAUUUUCAAACUUACUGUUCAAAAUUCAGGUGUCUGUGAGCAUAUGGAGAACAUUUUAAAAUGUCAUAUAUAUAUACAUAUAUAUAUAUAGUUUAUUUUUUGUGGGGAUGCAUUUUAUAAGACUGUUUUUCUCUGCUUCUCAGUCGCCGUUCGGUAAGACUGGACAUGUAACCUUUAAAAGAAGAUGUUUCUUCCCUUAUGCAAUGUUUGGUCGUAGCUGGGAGGAAGUGAGGAGAGUUCCCGGCUCUCCCUCCGCCUCACUCCUUCUGCAUCAUUUCAAAUGUCUUCUACCAUAUCGAACUUUUGUUGCUUUCUCUAUCCACAUAGUAUUACUGUCUUUCAUUUCACUGCAUAUUCUGCUUGCUUGCUAAACAAAAGUCUGUAUAGAUGUCCACUGCGUUUUACCCAGCACAAUAAAUAAAAAAGUAUGGCAUCCAUAA